CCAGCAUCCGGCACCCACUUUCCCCUUUCCAGGAGGGAGGCAGGGCAGGGAUCUCUGGGGGCCCUUGAAGGCAUAGAAGGAAUGAGCCGGGACAGAAGGGCCUGAAACCAUGCAACAGGCAAGAGGGGGUCCUGAGUGUCACCCCCGCCGCUCCAUUCUACAGCCCAGGUGUGCCUGGCCGCGCUCAUCCCCGCGAUCCUAGGCAGAGCCUGGAUCCUAGCCCUCCUCUACCUGGUCUGGCUCUCUGGAGACAGGGACUGGCCACACGCAGGAGGCCACUGCUCUGCCUGGGUGGGCAACUGGGCCAUCUGGAGACAUUUCCAAGAUGGCUUUCCUGUCUUGGUGAGGGGCACCCAGGAACAGUGUGCCGCGUGGGGGCAAGGCUUUGGAACCGACUCUUCUCUGGUCACCCCUGAAAGUCUGAUCUCACUGCCAGGAUGGGGGUAUGUUCCCUGCAGAAGCCAGCAACUUCUGCACAGACACCUCGGGCUUCUUGGGCCUCUUUCCAGGCCUCUGGCCGCACCUGCUCAGGCUGUCAGGUUUGCUGUCCUCUGACAAGGCCAGCGCCGCCUAUCUGCUGUCCCGGCCUGAGGGCGGCCAGGUGGCAGUCCUGGCCGCGGGAGGGCUCCUGGAAGCGCUGGACCCAAAAGCGAGUGCGCUAACCUUGAGGAUCCGGAAUCAGAAGGGGUUUGUCAAGUUGGCACUGAGGCAGCGGCCAGUGGCCGGGCGGGACACCCGCGGGCUGCCCUGUCCGGGAGGAGUGCAGAGGGCCGGCCCCGAACGAGCUCUUCCAGCAGUUCCCGAGCCCUCCGGGCUCUCGGCGCGGAGAGCGCAGGAGGCGCCGAGGCCGCUGCUGAGGGUCGCCCUGCGGCUGUUCCACGGGAGCCUGCGUCUCCUCCCGCCCUUUCGCACGCCCCCCGGCACCGGCGGGGAGCCCCGGCCUCGGCCCACUCCUCCCCCCGCCCGCGCACCGGCUCCCCCCGGAGCUCGGGCCCCGCGCGCUCCCAGCUCCGGGAGGUGA